AUGCUUCUCCCGAAAGGCGGACUCAAUUGGAAAGCGGCUCGGGCUCGGUUGCCGCCCACGCGGGCAAUUUGGAGUUUUGUCGCCCGGACACGCUUCCUCCUACUCGUCGCCAUUUCCAGCAUCGUCGUCCUGCUAUGGCGUGGCAUCAGAAGCUCGGCCUCGGAGAUGCAAAACUUCUACUGCUGGGGACCCUCAACGCCGCCGAUAGAUAUGUCGGCAAACGAAUAUGCGAGAUGGAAUGCGCACAUGCAGACUCCCGUCGUUUUCAACCGCCACGCCCCUCUCAAGAUCGACUCGGCCUCGAUCCAACACAUUAACCUCAACGUCGUCAAGUCGACUCGCAAAGCCCUCGUCAACGAGGAGAAGAUCCUGAUCCUCACUCCUCUCAAGGAUGCCGCCCCAUACCUAUCAAAAUACUUUGAGCUUCUCGCCGAGCUCACCUACCCCCACCACCUGAUCGACCUUGCCUUCCUCGUAUCCGACUCCAAAGACGACACCCUGGCCGUCCUCUCAUCCGAACUUGACCGAAUCCAAAAGCGGCCGGACCACAUACCCUUCCGCAGCGCCGUCGUCGUCGAGAAGGACUUUGACUUUCGUCUGAGCCAAGACGUGAAGGAAAGGCAUUCCUUCGAGGCCCAAGGUCCGAGACGGAAGGCCAUGGGCAAGGCCAGGAACUACCUUCUCUCCGCCGCCAUGAAGCCCGAGCAUUCGUGGGUCUACUGGCGCGAUGUGGACAUCGUGGACAGCCCGCCCAAGAUUAUCGAGGACUUCAUUGCCCACGACAAGGAUGUUCUGGUUCCCAACAUUUGGUUCCAUCGAUACAGGGAUGGCGUCGACAUCGAAGGACGAUUUGACUACAACUCGUGGAUCGAGUCGGACAAGGGUCGCAGAUUGACCGAGAGCUUGGACAAGGACGUUGUGCUUGCGGAAGGGUACAAGCAGUAUGACACCGGACGAACGUACAUGGCCAAGAUGGGUGACUGGCGAAACAACAAAGACGAAGAGAUCGAGCUCGACGGCAUCGGCGGCGUCAAUAUCCUCGUCAAGGCCGACGUACAUCGAUCCGGUAUCAACUUUCCCUCCUAUGCGUUCGAGAACCAGGCGGAGACGGAAGGGUUUGCCAAGAUGGCGAAGCGGGCCGGCUACCAAGUCGUUGGUCUUCCCAACUACAUCGUCUGGCACAUCGACACGGAGGAGAAGGGCGGCAACCUCUGA